AUGAUGACGGCGGAGCAACGCGCCCUGGCUGCCAUCUGCGGGGUGGCCGGCACAGCCUUUAGUUUCCGCUCCGUGGUCAGCCUCGCCUUGCUCGACAUGACCCGAGACGUCUCGGCUGGCGUGGACAUCGCGCAGGUGGGGAAGCUAAAUGCUCAAGGUCAGUUCGCCUACGCCUUGGGCAAGCUCCUUGGCGGGGCCGCUGUGGAUGCGAUCGGCGGCAUGAGGUCCCUCUUCGCCAUCUUGCUGCUCCUCGCCGGCAGCUUCGCCGGCAUGGCCCGCGUCCCCGGGCCGGGUAAGGCGCUCUCGGCGAGUUUCGCGGCCUCGAGGUUCGGCACCGCGGCAGUAUGGACGGCGGCAGCCGUGAGCAUCAAAACCUCCUUCGCCAGCGGUGGGCAGGUGCAGGCUCUGAGCGUUGGCCAAGUGGCCAUGCGAGUGGGAGCGUCCCUGGGGUCGCUGCUGGGUGGCUUUCUGUUGAGCCGAUUGAAGAGCUGGCGCCAGCUCUUGCUGACCUACGCAGGGGUCGGGGUCGUGACGUCCCUGGUGGCUCUUCGCAGCUGCGAGCCGCGACGGCCGAUAGCUGCAGAGAAAGGCAAGAAAGAGCCGGGGGGCAGCGAUCUGAUUCCGAUCUCCUCUGCCUUGUCUGUCGCGGCGCGCACCCCAAAGCUCUGGCUACUCUUUGCCUCGACGACCAUGAUUACACCGACUUUUGAUUUCGUGGCAUUGCUACCGCAGUUCCUCAAUGAUGUCUACAAGAUGGAAGAUGCGCAGAUCGGCUCCAUCUCCAGUGUCUUCCCACUGGCUGCGCCACCAGCAAUCCUGCUGGCCAGCAUGGCGCUGCCCUCGAUGACAGGGAGAGCAAAAGCCGUGUCCUUGUUGGUCGCCCAAACGCUCUCUGCGGGAGGAUAUCUGGUGCUCGCCUCGUCACCAGCCUCGGUGGCGCUGGUUCCAACUCUGACGGCCAUUGCAGGAGGCUGUGCACCAGCGCUUUCGUGCAUACCGCCAGACUGGAUCAUGAGGUGGGGAGGACCCCGAGCAGGCUUGUUUGCUGGGCUCCACGACGUGCCAGGCAACUUGCUGGCGAUGUGGCUUUAUGCCAAGGUACCACGUCUACUUGCGAGGGGUGGCUGGCCGCAGGUGCUGCGCCUCUACGCCCUCCAGGUGUCUCUUGGUGCCCUCUGCCUGGCGGUCUUUCAGUGGCUGGAGGCGUCCGAUCCGGUGAGCCGCAGCCCUUUCGAGUUGGAUGCCUGA